AUGACGACCAUUAACAUCCGGACUCUAACUGCCCCCAUUUGUGCAUUCACGAUGGCGAUAUUGUUGGGGUUGUAUGUGAAGCGGACGAUUCGGGUUACGAGGGCUGAUGCGCAGAGGGGAAGGCCUGAUACGAGGCCGCAGUGGAAGACGGUACCUACGGCUGAGGCGGAGGGAGGUUGA